AUGGACAACACUAGGCAACGUAAACAACUCUUCAAUUGGAGCAACAGCAGCAAGAAUCAGGUCGACGCAGAUGAGGACGGAACAGUAUCUGAGACCAAGUGGCCCGAACGAAAGCUGGUGAUUGUAGGAGACGGUUCUUGUGGCAAAACAGCCUUGCUGAUGGUCCAAAGUGGUGAAGAUUUCCCUGAUAAAUACUUUCCAACAAUAUUCGAAAACUUUGUCACGACAGUCUGCAUUGGCGGAAACAAACAUGUGCAAUUAUCGCUAUGGGAUACAGCUGGACAAGAAGAUUACGAUCGUCUCAGGCCCUUGUCAUAUACUGAUACGGACGUUGUGAUUUUGUGGGUCCCAGAAUUAAGACAUUUCCUACCAAACGUUCCAAUCAUUCUUGUUGGUAACAAGAAGGAUUUACGCGACGACAAAGCAUAUGCCUCACGACCAGACACUCGUCUUAUUCCAGCCAACCAGGGCUUCGAACUCGCACCAAAAAUCCAGGCAGUCAAGUAUAUAGAAACGUCGGCCAAGACCAAUGAGCAGGUCAAUGAGCUCUUCACGAUGGCAGCAAAACUCGCAAUGAAAAAGUCACAUCGCAAGACUCAAAGGAAUUGCCUGAUCAUGUAG